AUGGACGACCGGCUGCUGGGGCCGCCCCCUCCAGGCGGGGGCCGAGGGGGCCUGGGAUUGGUGGGUGGGGAGCCUGGGGGCCCUGGCGAGCCUCCCGGUGGCGGAGACCCCGGUGGGGGCAGCGGGGGGGUCCCGGGAGGCCGGGGGAAGCAAGACAUCGGGGACAUUCUGCAGCAGAUAAUGACCAUCACGGACCAGAGCCUGGACGAGGCCCAGGCCAAGAAGCAUGCCCUAAACUGCCACCGAAUGAAGCCUGCUCUCUUUAGCGUCCUGUGUGAGAUCAAGGAGAAAACUGGCCUCAGCAUUCGAAGCUCCCAGGAGGAGGAGCCUGUGGACCCCCAGCUGAUGCGCUUGGACAACAUGCUUCUGGCAGAAGGUGUGGCUGGGCCUGAGAAAGGGGGGGGCUCAGCAGCAGCAGCUGCUGCCGCUGCAGCCUCAGGGGGCGGCGUGUCCCCUGACAACUCCAUCGAACACUCGGACUAUCGCAGCAAACUUGCCCAGAUUCGCCAUAUCUACCACUCGGAGCUGGAGAAGUAUGAGCAGGCAUGUAAUGAGUUCACGACCCACGUCAUGAACCUCCUGAGGGAGCAGAGCCGCACGCGGCCCGUGGCACCCAAGGAGAUGGAGCGGAUGGUCAGCAUCAUCCAUCGGAAGUUCAGCGCCAUCCAGAUGCAGCUCAAGCAGAGCACCUGUGAGGCCGUCAUGAUCCUUCGUUCACGCUUCCUGGACGCCAGACGAAAACGCCGGAACUUCAGCAAACAGGCCACUGAGGUCCUGAAUGAGUAUUUCUAUUCCCACCUGAGUAACCCCUACCCCAGUGAGGAGGCUAAGGAGGAGCUCGCCAAGAAGUGUGGAAUCACCGUCUCUCAGGUCUCCAACUGGUUUGGCAACAAGCGGAUUCGCUAUAAGAAAAAUAUUGGAAAGUUUCAAGAGGAAGCAAACAUCUAUGCCGUCAAGACUGCUGUGUCUGUCACCCAGGGGGGCCACAGCCGCACCAGCUCCCCGACACCCCCUUCCUCCGCAGGCUCUGGCGGCUCUUUCAAUCUCUCAGGAUCCGGAGACAUGUUUCUGGGGAUGCCGGGGCUCAACGGAGAUUCCUACUCUGCUUCCCAGGUGGAAUCACUCCGACACUCGAUGGGGCCAGGGGGCUACGGGGAUAACCUUGGGGGAGGCCAGAUGUACAGCCCUCGGGAAAUGAGGGCAAACGGCGGCUGGCAGGAGGCUGUGACCCCAUCUUCAGUGACAUCCCCAACAGAGGGACCGGGGAGCGUUCAUUCUGACACUUCCAACUGAUCUCACCCCUCAGGGCCACAGGGGUGGGGGCGCAUGAGGUGACUCUUGAAGAGGACAAGGCAUCCAGAGGACAAACCCCAGACAUAGGAGAAGCACAAGAUGGAAAAGGGCAAAUGGGGUUGACCCUCCCCACAGACUCAGUGCUGGGGUUGCUGACCAUGUGGCAAGAAGAAUGGGGUCCCCUAAGGGGAAAAUGGGGUCUGUCUCCCUUUUUUCCUUUUCAGUCUUUUUCUCUCCCCCUUUCUUACACAGAAACACACACCCAGACCCUAUUUUUCUGACCCUUUUUCUCUCAUAUACACAUAUACAACUAUUCUGUUUCUCUCCUCUCUCUGGUUUCACCCACUCUCCUUCCCCCACCCCUUAUCUGCUCUGGGAUCGGUGGAGACGCCAGCCUUGCCCUACCUACCAGAGAUGCCAAAAAUGGGGACACAACUUCUGGACAGAUGACCUGGGCCACGCCCCCGUGCCUCCCACUCCCUGCCCCUCCAGACGGCUUUAUUACCUCAUACGCAGCUCAUCUUAAACCAAUAGAAUCGCUCGGUGGACGAGAGUGUCUGACUCAGAUAUCUACCUCGGAGGGAGUUUCUGCUACUUUAAGGAAUUGUUGACUGGGUUUGGGGGUUGAACUUUUUUUUUUUUUUUUCUUUUUUAGGAAAGAAAAGGAAACCCUGGGAUCCAUCUGUAUUUUUUUUUAUUUUUUUGUUGUUGGUUCUUAAUUUUUUAUUUAGUUUGGGGACGUAGAUGUUUUUAUAUGUUGAUUUCUUUUUUUCUCUUAAUUUCUUGCUUUCCAUAUUAGGGGUGAUAGCCAAAGGGGUCAUGAUAAGAGAAAGGGGAACAAGUAGAACUGGUGAAGAGGCCUGUCUGGCUCUAGUCCUGUCCAUCAGGAAGUACAUUUACCAGGGCACCAAGCCUGCCCCAUAAAGUCAAGCCACUUAGGUAUUGUCCUUUGCGUGUAAAAUCCCAGGUGUCCUUUGCUUGUCAGGCGGCUCCUGCUGCAUUUGGUAUGGAGGCAGCUGGGGGCUUGCUUGGCUGGCCUACACUCCCUCUUCCCACAACCCUUGGGCAGGGCUAGACGGUCAUUUUGAGGAAAUGCCACCUUCCCCUGUGACAUGUCUUUAAGUCUACAGGUUGGGGGGGGAAUGGGGAGGGGUCAUUGCAAAAUAAGUAUGAGUUGGGGUGCUUGUGUAUGUAUCUCCCUCGAUUUCCCCAGAAAUGAGGUACUUUUUUUUUUUCUCAGUCUAAAAUCAUGAGGGUGGGGAGAGGAGGGAGGUUGCAAAAAGCCAAGUAUAGGGAGAUGUAAAAUCAUCGCUGCCCCAUCCUUGGCCCUGAACCCCUCAAACAUCAGGAUUUCACAGGACUGUCACCAUGGGGAACCCCUACCGUCAAAGAUCUGUGCAGGACUGAGGGCAGGCUGGGAUUGUGAUGGGUGGGGGGUGGGAGGCACGGGCGCGGGCAGUUCUCUCCUCACUUGUAAACUUGUAGUUUCACAGAAAGAAAAAAAAAAGUUUUAAAUAAAGAAAUUUCUUUUUC